GUAAAUUUAGAUGCCUUUAGCAUUCGUUUACAACCAGAAAGUUUUUAAUAUCGUAUCAAACAUUCAAAUAUAUUAAAUACGAAAAAAUGUUUCCCGCUGGUUUGUUUGCCCGUACACAAACCGUAAAUCUAAAUUACGCACAAUGUUCUAAUAGACGUUACUCAGAGACGAAGAGCAACUUGCCGAAUGUGUUCCUGCUGGGCGGCGGAUUAGGAAAGAUGCAAGGUGGCAUAAAAGAAGAGGAAUAUUUUAGCUCAAUCAAUCAAGGACUUAUGUGCAAUAUACGCAAACACAUCGAAACCUCCAAGAAUGCGGACCACUUACGCAAAUGGGAGGAAUACCAACGAACCCUCGAUCACGCAGCCCUCUAUAAUACCACAUGCAUAAACAAAUAUAAGGACGUACACGAAGAGGCCUUCUUUAUGAAUGAGAGCACUGAAUGCUUAAAGGCCUUGAACAAUCGCGAUAAGGACCAUGACUCCGGCGAUGAGGAGCCUUAGACUGCAUCAAAAUGCAAACUAGUUUAUAAAUCGUAUAGAUACAACCGAUGUGGACUGUUUAUUAAUUUUUGUUAUUUAAAUUUCGUUUUCUGCGCAAACCAAAACAAACGGCAAAUAUUCAAUAUUGCAUUCAAAAACCAUUUUCUAUUCUAUAAAUUCAAUUCAAUUAAAUUCGGACCGUUAUAGUCAUUCGUGAUUGACACAAGUUGGCAUCCUCGACAAUGCAUGAAAACAACAAAACGCAGCUGAGUUUUUUCAUAAUACCUUGAAAUAAAGAGCAUUAUUCAUCACUUAA